UCAGACACAAAGAGACUGAAAAGAAAACUAAAACCCCACUUUAAAGUUUUAAACCCCAAAACUGAAAUCCCUAUUGAAUUUCCAAAAACCCUAAACCCAAGUACUCACAACAUUUCUUGUCUUCUAAAAAAUGGCGUCUCGCUACAGGUCUCUCUCAAAACCAACUUUCUCUCUUCUCAAAUCCACCACCAACAAACCUACCCUUCAACCCAAAUCCACACCUUCUCUUCUCCCUGCACGCCCUUCUCUCACAUUUUCAAGGCCAGUUCCUCAAUUGGGUGCUAUUCAAUCUCUGCUUCCAUUUCACUCGGCUGUCUCUUCAGCUAGGCUCACGUCAUGCCUCAGCAUUGAUUCAAGGAGCUCACGGUCGUUGUCUCAGGGUAUGCUCUGCAGUGCGAACCCUGGAGUUUGAUAUUCUCCGAAUGUUUUAGUUUUAGUUUCUAACUAGGUCUCAGUGUGCCUCGAUAAGGAUAUGAGCUGCAAGAAGAUAAUAGCUGAUGGAUCGAAGUCAUUCCUUUUGGCUAUUUCCUUUUCAAUGUCUAAACACUCAAUCUGAAAGGGUCAUAGGUGCAAGAUUUUGAAAUUUUUGUUGGAUUUCUUAUAUCAUCUCAUGGAUUGAAGCGCUAAUUUGAUACGGUUGCUAUAUUUAAGGAAUAAAAUUAUCUUGCCAUUUA